GGUAAUUCCUGACGUCAUUAAAAUCCUGCACAACAUUGAGAAAAUCCCCAUAUUUGAUUGGAUUUAUCGAUCAAUUGGAUUUAAAUCAUAGUUAUUUGAAAAGUAUUUUCUAAAAUAAGAACCGUAACAUAUUCUAGUAAUGGUGAAGUAGUUAUACGAUGUACUAGUAACAUUAACCUCGAGAGAGCCUGAGAGGGACAUCCAUUAUCAGAGGGGAUGCCACGUCGGAAAUCCGUGUUUGGUUCGCCUCAAACAAGUUCAUAUGAUGAUGAUUCUGAUGAGUGCAGUGAAGGAAAAAGAUUGAAAAUAUCAGAAGAUUUUAAUGAAAAUGGUAGUGAAGAAGAAAAUGAAGAGAACAGACAAGUGAUUGUAAUUUCAGAGUCUGUUCAGGACAAACCAGCUGUAUCCCUGUCUACUGAUGAUGGACAAUCUGCCCUGGUUCAAGAUGUUGUCAUGGCAGAACCUAUUCCAGUGACAAUAGUGACAUCACCAGACACGGGUCACCUGGUGCUGCAAACUAUUACACCUGCAUCUCUAACUUGCACAGAUCUUGCUUCGCUAGAGGAACUUCAAGAACUACAACGUCAGAAUUUAUCUCUCGGUGAAGAAAUAAAUGAGAAAGAUCAUACUAUUCUUGAGGUUUCAGAAACCACAAUUUCUGCAGCAAAUAAAAAGGAAGCUGUCACAGUUCAGUCGUCUGUACCAACAGUGCUGCCAUCUAGUGUUUUUAGGUCAGUUUUAUCAGCUGAAGGUAUAAAUAGCACAGCAAAUAUACAGAUUCUUGCACAGAAUACAUCCAAAGACCAGUUGGCACAAAUUGUUGUGAUUCCGCAAGGAGAAUCUUUGACUGAAGCGCAGAGACAGGCUUAUAUUAUUGGAGCACAGAAGAAUUUGGAAGGUCAACCUAACGCAGCUUUAGAUUCUCAUGAGAAAAGGAACUUAUCGUUAGAAGCGUUGUUUCAAGUUACAGAUAAUGAGCUUCAAAAUAUCAGUAAGACUACGCCAUUGUCACCUCAACAACUUAUUAUAGAUGAUUCUCAAAAAGUUAUUACCAGUAAAUUCCUGGUUUCUGUUCCAUCUAGUCAUGUGUCCGGGAACCAGAUUCCUUUAACACAAACCGCGUAUGUCACCCAAGUUUCAUUAGACCAGGCCUCCCAAGAUAUGAUGCAAGCAGGGGCUAAAAAAACAGCAAAGAAACCAGGUAAAUAUAUUUGUUCAUUUUGUGGACGUGGAUGUGCAAAGCCAAGCGUGUUGCAGAAACAUCUCCGUGCUCAUACGGGAGAACGACCAUAUCCAUGUGACGAUUGUGGGUUCCAUUUCAAAACAAAAAGUAACUUGUAUAAACAUUGCAAAUCAAGAACACAUAGGUUAAAGGUCGGUUUAUUACGUAAAUCAUCAAACAAAAAAUCUGGAUCAGAAAGCAAAGAUUCUCUAGAAAUAGAAGAAAAUUCUGCCAUAUCUGAAAGUGAGACUGAAUCUGAAACUGAGGUUGAUGACAAAAGUUCAAAUGUCAGAGUUGAAUAUGAUCAAGGUCAAGUUGUAAAUGAGGCUAUAUAUAUAGCAAGCAAACUUGUAGAUAAUCCACUUUCAAGGUUGCCAAUGGAAGAACAUCAAAAAGUUCUGAAAAUGGCAAGUCAUAUAAUGCCAGAAAUGGAAAUUUCAAUGGACGAAAAAUCAAAAGAUCCCAAUAAGAAAGAGCAAGCUCAGAACCAUGUGUUAAAAGAAGUAAUGAAAUAUUUAGGUAAGCCUAAAGAGGAGAGACCUAAAAUUGAAGUGCCAGAAAUCCCAGAAGCUCGAAGACCAUUGAUGGAAUAUAGGCGACCAAUGAAAUCACUUGAUAGGUCCAAAUCUUUACAUGACAAACUAAAGGCAAAACUAGAAAGGUCAAUAUCAUUAACAGAACCACCAAAAGUGCCAUUACUGAAAAGAAGCAUGAGUACCUUGGCUGAUCCGAAAGCUAUUGAAACACAGUUUUUGAAAAUAGCUCCAAAACAAAAACAUUCAGCGCUGGAUUUGAUGUCACAGUUAUCUCAACCACAGAAAGUUAUUGUUCAACCUACAGACAUGCAAGAGUAUUCCUCGAAGGCUUUACAAAACCUUGUUCAGAAUAGUAUACCAACUAGUUCUGUUCUUUUACCAAUAAAGACUGCUCAGCCUAAAAGUACCGUUAAUCACAUUGGACAAAUAGAAACUGCCACUAUACCACCUAAACCAACUCCAAAUCUUGCUGGACACAUUGAAACAAUAAAUUUACCAAAUGCCGAUAGAAACUCAGCAGAAACUACAAAAGCAUUACAAGACUUGGAAAAAUUGACUGAAAAUUUUCAGCAAGCAUCCAAAGCUGGUACAAAAUUAACUGCAGCUGUAACAACUCUUCCAGAUGGAAGUUGUCAAGUUGUCAUCCAUUACCACCCACAACAGCAGACGACACAAUCAGCAUUUCCCAUAAUGCCUCAGCAGCCUAUUACAACUCAAUCACCAACGAGGAAACAGGACUCUAAAGUAGUGCAAAGUGCAGAUAUUUUAAGUGAAAGAAUUCAAAAUUUGAUUAGAGCAAAUGCUGCUAUUGUUAGUACACCGAUGGCAGACGCUCCAAGACACAGAAAGAUGUCACGACAAAACAGUGAAAUUUUACCUAAAACUGAACCUCAAACUACGAAACUGCCACCACAAACACCACCUGUCAGUGGUAAUCUAGUCAGAAAACUUUCUUUGGAAAAUCUUCCGAGCAGUUUACAAAAUACCGUGAUUUUACCUAACAUGGCUGCAUUGAGUCAAAUGUCGUCAUCAGGAGUUUUAACAAGUACAGCUAUUUCUCCCAGUGUUGAUGUUGUCGGGGAUCAACAAACACCAUUAAUAUAUAUAUUAAAACCAGACAGUAGAAAACAAUCAGCAACUACAAAGUCAACAUCUGUGAUGUCACCUUUAGGAAACGCAUUAUCCAUUCCAUUGUCCUCUAGUCAGAAAGUUUCAACAUCAGUGAAACCACACACCAUGACUAGUUCUGGCAGUAUAGAGAGUAAAAAUCAAACUUUGCAGACAAAGGUUAGUACAUCUCGAUUCCAAAAUAUUGCUCCUGUUACCAAGCCCUUGUUGACCCGUCAGUCUUCACAGUCAGAUGGAUAUGUUUUCAGUACAACAAGAACAAAAGACCUAGAUGGCCAUGAAAUCACUGUAAAAAUAAAGCUCAAUAACCCAGAUGAGACUCCAGAUGGAGCUAAGCAAGAAGGUCAAAGUUCAAGCAAACCUGAGGUUAAAGGUCAAAAGAAUAAUAAUGUAAGAGAGGACAAUAAAAAAGAGAUAUGUAAAUGUAUUGUAUGUGGUUGUGUAUUUAAGAACAAGUAUGAGCUAGGAAAACACGAAAGAAUUCAGUGUAAAUUUAUUAAAAAAACUGAUGGUCAAACUUUACAGAAACCUGUUCUCUCUGGUCAAACAUUGGCUAUAAGUGAAAACCAUAACAAGAAACGAGGUUGUGUUAUUUGUGGGAACGUUUUUAAAAAUGAAUACGAGCUAAGUAGACAUCAGCAAGUCCAGUGUAAAUCUGUAGAAAUGGAAGUUGAUGGCGAAAUAAUCAAAAUGGAGGUCAAUAAAGAUGGAGAGCCAGUUUCUGAAUUUAAAAUGGAGGGAGCAAAAAGAACUAAAAGCUUACAACUGGAGGGACUCACUAAUUAUAUGAAUGUAACUAAAGAAGGAGAACUGAAAUUAGUUGAAAAACCAUUAUAUGGAUCACCUCAAGUAGCUUCUCCAGGAGUUAUGUCCCUUGGAAAUACUGUGAUGGUAUCAUCUAGUCGUGGGAGAAUGUUAAACAGACAAGAUGCAACAACAUCCUUUGACAUAAUGGGUGGAGGAACAGUAACUGUCAAAACACCAAUUCAUGAUUCUGGAAAAUUACGUUGGAUCGAGCAGAAAAAUUCUACAGCCAGUCUACCACAAAUCAAUCGUCCAUCUUCUCUUGAAAGUCCUCAGUUGCAAAAAACAGCAGAAGAAGCUAAGGCUAUGUGGAAAAAUACACUUAAACAGAAAAUUUUAAUGAAAAGGUCUCUUAGCACAGACAAGCUAGCAUCUCCAUCGGGAAGACUUGAAUCGCCGUCUGCUUUAGUACCACAGACUAAAGGAAGACUGGAAUUACUGCCUGCCUCAUCAUCACAGGUUAAAGGAAGACUUGGUUCAUCAUCUGCUUCUGUAUCACAUAUUAAGGAGGAAGAACACCAAGAUACCAAUUCAUGGAAAGAGGCGAAUCCAAAUUUAAAAAUUGAUGAAUCAACUGCAGCGAAAAAUCACCCGAUACUUUUGAAAUAUGUCACCGAACCUGUUGCACCCCAUUUAGAAGAAAGUCAAUCCUUUUACACUGCCGAACGAUUAUUUGGUUUAGAUAAAGGCGAGAAACAGAUCAGUAAUGUACAAAUUGGCAAGGGAGAUAAUUUGAGAAUUAUGAAGAGUGCUAGUUUAUUAGAAGACAAACUUGCUUUAACAAAAGAGUUGAUAGAAAGACUUAACAUAAUUGUACCUGUAGUGAUGGAACAAGCUAUAUAUAGAUCACCACAAAUUGAUAGCGGAACAGCGGGAUUUGAAUCACACGGCAGUUCUGAUGCGCUCAGCCCAUCUAAAGUAACGACUGCUCAAAAAGUUUCAAAACUAAAAGCUGCUUUAACUAGCACAGAACCACUCAAAGAGUCCAUCUGGAACAAGUUUCCAUCCCGAAGCAGAAGUUUGUCAGAAAGUGAUGUACAGGCAAUAGAAAUUAAAGAGAAAUAUCCAUUAUUGCUCCAUGGACAUUCUUUUCCAUCUUUGAAGUCCUCGACAUAUGCCUCCUUCUGUUGCCUUCAGAGACCUCAACCAAUGUAUGUCAUGCAGAGUCAUUCAAAAAAGGUAUCAAUGUACUCAAAUUGGAGAGUUGCACGUCAUGACCCAAAUCCUGAAGGACUGACAUCAAAAAUGUUGCUCAGUCUUUAUUCAACUUCUUACUCGUCAAAUCCUGUUUACAAUGAUGCCCAUCAAGAUUCUCCAAAAGGAGGCUUAUUGACUCAUAGUAGUUACUGGACGUUUAAACAGAAUCAGAAAGCUGGAAAAUCUGACAUUGAAUCAAAUAAAAAGGCAAUGAAGCGAUUAAAAGAUGAUAGCUUAAUGAAGAAAUCAGUAUCUGUAGACCGUGCUGAAUCUUCAACGCCUAGUCCAUCUGCAAAGCGACAAAAGAUAUCUGGUGUUGAAGGAGGAUUUAAGUCUUUAGAAGAUUAUACAUAUGUCAGAGGAAGAGGGAGAGGUAAAUACGUCUGCUCUAAAUGUGGAAUUAGAUGUAAAAAACCAAGCAUGCUUAAAAAGCACAUCCGCACACAUACCAACCUCCGACCAUACCAUUGUAAAACAUGCCGAUUUUCUUUUAAAACAAAAGGAAAUCUAACAAAACACAUGAAAUCUAAAUCCCACCAUAAAAAAUGUGUUGAAAAGGGAAUCGUACCUGUUCCGACCCAGAUUGAUGAAUCGCAAAUUGAUCAAGAGGCGUUGAAAUUGCAAUGUGAAUAUUCAAAGAAGGCCAAGAUCAAAACAAAACUUGCUGAAACAGGAGAUGAGGAAAAUGAAGAGGACACUGAUGAUGCUGAUGAAGAGAGCGAUGAAGGGGAACCGAUGGAGGAUGAUGAGGAUGAAAAUGAUGUUAUGGAAGCAGAUGAUGAGAAUCUAGAUAGCAUGGACAAUGGUGAUGAUAUUAGAAUGGAUGAAUCAGAUGAAACUUCAAAAGAUGUAGAAAUUAGCUUUUCAAGUUCUUCAUCAGGUGCAGGUUUGUUUUCAUCUAGACCAGCCAUGUGUGCCAAGCUUCUACCUGAUCAUGUUUCUGUAACAGCCAUUACAGAAAGCAGGACUUUAGGAAGAUCUGAUUCCAAGAUGUCAUCUAGUUUAGGGACAGUGUAUGGAUUCAGUUCAAGGAAAGACUCCAGCAGUUCAGAUAAAAGUGAAGGUUUACAGUCUGAGGUUGCCAAGAGUUUGCUAGCUCUAGCUGAGCAGAAAUCCAGUUCUAGUCAAGGAACCAGUCAAGACAAGGUUGAGCAGCCAUAUUGGUUGAUAGGAGAACCCAGAGUCCAGUUAUCAACUUCAGAGUCCAUGGAUAAUGAGAGAGCAAAGAUUUUACCACCUAGCAGUGCCUCACUUCCUGUUGGCAAUAUAAUGGUUGUCUCCCCUUCUCCAGAGUCUGUAUCUAAAAAAAGUCUGCCUGACUCGAAUAACACAGAUUCAACCAAAGAAUCAAAAUCAGAGACAAAAGAGAAUUUACCAGAAAAGUCACCUAGUGAGAAACCAGAAAGACCAAAAGAUCUUUUUGUGACUGUUCCUCUUGGUGGAUAUAUGCCUCCAAUGAGGAGAACUCCUGGUGUGUCACCAAAACAACAGGGACAACAGGGGUCAUUUGACCUUGCUAAGCUUUUUAAAUUGACUGAAAAUGCAGUAAGAAAUUCAAAACAAGCACUUUGUAUCGAAUCUCCAGCUUUUCAGUUCAGUCAUCCAUUUCCAAAUAUGGCUACCAUAACAAAAGAUGGGCUUGUCGUUAUGGCAACAUCACCUGGAAACAAUCCAAGUGAAACCAUAUUGGUAACCAGUAUUGAACAUGAAAUCGAGAUUGAAAGUGAGCCAAUCAAAAGUCAAGAAAUAGAAUCAAAGAUGAAAAGUGAUUUAGGAAAAGAGGACAGAAAAGUUUUAGAAGAAAAAUAUGCAACUUUGUCAGAAAAUCAUGUUGAUAAAUCAGAUGAUGUGGAAUUUAUCAAAGAAGUAACGGUAAAAACACAUACAGAUUUAAUUCAUGAGAAAGCUGUAUCACAAAAUCUUAUCGCGUCUUCAAAAGGAGGAAAAUUCAUAUGUGAGAUUUGUUCAAAGAGAUUCCAAGAACACCAACAAUUAAUUUUACACAGAAAAACACACUUCUUAGACCAAUAUUAUAAAUGUGAAAAGUGUAAAUUACGAUUUACGUCCAAUGAUCUACUUAAGGUUCAUGAACUAACUGAGUCCCAUUUGACUAUGCUACAGCAACCCAUCAUUAUUCCCACCUCCACAAAUCCAAGACCGUUCAAGUGUGAUGACUGUGAUAUUGCUUUUAGGGUUAAAGGUCAUUUGGCUAAACACCUGAGGUCAAGGGCUCAUGUCUUGAAUUGGGAGCACCUUGGUAAAAUCCCUCAUGGUACAUUCCAAAAAUUAGAACAUUUCAUUGGAACAUUAGAAGCAUCUGACCCAGCAUUAUUUCUGAAUUUAUUGCUUGAGCUUAUGAAAAACAGAAAUGAAGAAACCAGUUCAUCAUACCAGUCAAGUAGGAAAAGUAGUACUAGUAUUGAAAGUGGAAAACUGACACCUACAUCUAGAAAACGUUUUCUUUCUUCACCUACAGAGCUAGGCAAAAAUGAUCUCUCACCUAGUAAACCAGUUGCCGUUGAAGUGAAACAGGAAACAAUGGAAAUUGAUAAUACAGAUGCUGUCAAGGAUGACAGUUCAAAAGGUCAAGCAGACGACAGUUCCGACAAUGGACCACAUCUGUGUGGGAUUUGCAGAAGAGGGUUUAUUAAUUUAGAACAUCUGAAGAAUCAUUUGAUAAUUCACGCUGAACUACGACCCUAUGUUUGUGAAUACUGUGAUGCAGGGUUCACAAACGCACAGUCACUGAAAACUCAUCUACAGUCUCAUGCACAGGCAACUCCAUAUGUGUGUGGUUUAUGUGGUAAAACAUUUGCACAUUCUGAUGUCCUUAAACAACAUAUCGAUCAACAUUUGAACCAGCAGCAGACUGUUCCUAUGGUAACAAAGUCAGGUUCAAAAGAUGACACAAGUGCAAAAACUAUUCCCGUGGAAACACAUUUAGACUCAACAGGUAGUGAAGCUAGGAAAAAGGAAGAUUUUGUUUCUAUGGAAACAGGAAUUAAUGAUAUUACUGAAUCAGAUUCAGGGAAAGAUUAUUCGACUCCCAUGGAGUCAGACUUGGACAAACACAUUGAUGAUCCCAGUGUGUUUGUCUCUUCUUCAAGUGCUAUAACUGAACACUCACAGCAGACGAUAGUUUCUCUAGUCUCUAAACCAGACAUCAAGAGUCCACCGGAAUUUGAACAAAAUUUGGAAUCAAAAUUUACAUGUGAUAAUUCAGUGCUGAAAACAGAAAAUUCAGAGGAUAAAUAGAGGGCACAAUUCUUUACUCUUUCAC